GAGACAGGAUCUAAGGACAAAAAGAAGGUAGCCUCGUGAAGAUCAGGCAAGGGGCUCAGCCCCAUUAAGGACUCUGACACUAGAUGGAGCUUGGAAUAGUGUGCCUGGGCCACCAGCUGCAGCUAAAGUGUCAAUUCUGCAGGGGUCUGUGGCUCAUAUUAAGGAGUUUGGAGCUUUUCCUCUGUAAGGUGGGAAACUGUUGUAAGUUUUGAAGCUGGGGAGUGACACGAUCUGGUUUACGUUUUAAAAUAGAGACACGAAGUGAAAUAGCAGCCUAAGACUGAAAGACAAGAGUUCUGCCUGGGCAACAUGUAAUUAAGUGCAUGGGCCUGAGCCGUCUGGACCACAGGGGCGGUUCCAGCAGGCUGAGGCAAGCCAGGGAGGCUGCCUGGAGGAGGUGGCCUAGCCUAGACCUCUGCAGGUGGAGUGGAGUGGACUGGGAGGUUUCUGGGCCGGGCCAGGGAGGGGAGGAGGCCAUAAUAAUAAUGACAAUAAUAGUAACAGUUUCCUUAAAUCAAAUGUCAGGCAAAAUGCUAAUCAGGUUGUUUGCAUAAUCUCUUUGGAUUCCUGUACAGGAAUUCUGCUGCUUUUUUUUUUUUUUGAAUGAGAAAACUGAGGCCCCAUCACAUGAAGUGACUUGCCCACGGCUACACAGCUGGAUCAUUCUGGCUGCUGUGUUGACAUAGACCGUGGAGAGUGAGGGCAGAAGCCAGCAGACUUGGAGGAGGCAACUGCACUGGUGUAGAUCUCCUGAGCCAGCUCACGCUUCGCUGCUCAUGCCGCUGGGACUGGGGCGGCGGAAAAAGGCGCCGCCUCUGGUGGAAAAUGAGGAGGCUGAGCCAGGCCGUGGGGGGCUGGGCGUGGGGGAGCCGGGGCCCCUGGGUGGGGGUGGGGCAGGGGGGCCCCAAAUGGGCCUGCCCCCCCCUCCCCCAGCCCUGCGGCCCCGCCUCGUGUUCCACACCCAGCUGGCCCACGGCAGUCCCACGGGCCGCAUUGAGGGCUUCACCAACGUCAAGGAGCUGUAUGGAAAGAUCGCCGAGGCCUUCCGGCUGCCAGCUGCCGAGGUGAUGUUCUGUACCCUCAACACCCACAAAGUGGACAUGGACAAGCUCUUGGGGGGCCAGAUCGGGCUGGAGGACUUCAUCUUUGCCCACGUCAAGGGGCAGCGCAAGGAGGUAGAGGUGUUCAAGUCGGAGGAGGCGCUGGGGCUCACCAUCACUGACAACGGGGCCGGCUAUGCCUUCAUCAAGCGCAUUAAGGAGGGAAGCGUGAUCGACCAUAUCCAGCUCAUCAGUGUGGGUGACAUGAUUGAGGCCAUCAACGGACAGAGUCUGCUGGGCUGCCGGCACUAUGAGGUGGCCCGUCUGCUCAAGGAGCUGCCCCGAGGCCGCACCUUCACACUGAAGCUCACAGAGCCCCGCAAGGCCUUUGACAUGAUUGGUGUACGCUCAGGGGGUGGCCGCCCAGGCUCUGGCCCCCAGCUGGGCACUGGCCGAGGGACCCUCCGGCUCAGAUCCCGUGGCCCUGCCACAGUAGAAGAUGUGCCCUCAGCCUUUGAGGAGAAGGCGAUUGAGAAGGUAGAUGACCUGCUGGAGAGCUACAUGGGCAUCAGGGACACGGAGUUGGCGGCCACCAUGGUGGAGCUUGGAAAGGACAAAAGGAACCCAGAUGAGCUAGCCGAGGCUCUGGACGAACGGCUCGGUGACUUUGCCUUCCCUGAUGAGUUCGUCUUUGACGUCUGGGGUGCCAUUGGGGAUGCCAAGGUCGGCCGCUUCUAGGCCCCCUUCCAGACCUCUCAGUGACCUGACUCCGCUUGGUGGGAGCCCCCCGUGGGAGGGCCACCAUGGCCUGGACCCCAGCAUCUGGCUUGGACCUUUGCUCCGCACCCCAAGGAUGACACAGAGAGUGGAGGUGGGCCCGGGCCUCUGCCCCACUCCAGUCGGUACCACCCCUCCCCAGUUCCCACCCUGGCGGUGCCCGGACCCCCCUUGCCAUGUUCCCCACCUACCUCAGCUGGGUCAGGCACAGGGGGUUGGGGGGAGGGACCAGCCAGAUUGGGCGGCCACCCCCGCCCCCAACACUUUCCGCAUCAGCUGCCAAACUGGUCUCUCAUCUCCCUGGGGCCUGUUUGGGGUCGUGACCUCCCUUGUUUCCUGCUGCAGGGAAUGCAGAAGGGGGGCAUCCCCCCUCAGCAAAUGCAAUAAUGCCCCCCCCCCCCGUGCCCCACCCAGAGAGGAGCCCCCUCACCGUGGAGUCUGUUACCUCCGUAUUGGAAACACUAGUCUGCUGUGAACCCCGAACCUCCCUCCCUCCCCUGCCCUCUGUGUCUCCCUCAGCCCAGCCCCAGACAGAAGGGGCAGGAGGGAGGAUGGCAGUGGGCUUUUGUAUCUGAAUUUGCUGUCUUGAACAUAAAGAAUCUAUCUGCUGUCGGA